GUUAGGACCCUUCGGAGCGCCGGCGAGUCACCGAGCUGCGCCCAGGUCGUGGGUAGAGCGGGAGGCUCGAGUGGUCUGGCCGGUGGCUUCCCGCGCGGGGGCCGGACCCCAGCCCAGGCACCGAGGCCGGAGCCGUGUCCGGCUUUACGCUCCCAGGCCUGCUCAUCCAGUUGUUCCUUCUGCGGCAGCGGCCAUGCCCUCUUCGCGGGCACAGCUCUGGCCUCUCCUACCCACGAGACGGCAGGGCGAAGCGGCCACUGGACAGGCUGAUCGGGGCGCAGCUUAUGACCCCGACCUGUGACGCCAGCGCGGUGGCUGGAAGGAUGACCACGCUCACGCGACAGGACCUCAACUUUGGUCAAGUGGUGGCCGACGUGCUCUGCGAGUUCCUGGAGGUGGCCGUGCACCUAAUUCUCUAUGUGCGUGAGGUCUACCCGGUGGGCAUCUUUCAGAAGCGUAAGAAGUACAACGUGCCUGUCCAGAUGUCCUGCCACCCAGAGCUGAACCAGUACAUCCAGGACACGCUGCACUGUGUGAAGCCACUGCUGGAGAAGAAUGAUGUGGAGAAAGUGGUGGUGGUGAUUUUGGACAAAGAGCACCGCCCAGUGGAGAAAUUCGUCUUUGAAAUCACCCAGCCUCCGCUGCUGUCCAUCAGCUCAGACUCCUUGCUGUCUCACGUGGAGCAGCUGCUCCGAGCUUUCAUCCUGAAGAUCAGUGUGUGUGAUGCUGUCCUGGACCACAACCCCCCAGGCUGUACCUUCACAGUCUUAGUGCACACAAGAGAAGCUGCCACUCGCAACAUGGAAAAGAUCCAGGUCAUCAAGGACUUCCCCUGGAUCCUGGCAGAUGAGCAGGAUGUCCACAUGCAUGACCCCCGGCUGAUACCCCUAAAAACCAUGACCUCAGACAUUUUAAAGAUGCAGCUCUACGUGGAAGAACGAGCUCAUAAAAGCAGCUGAGAGUGCGCCUUCCCCCCACGGAUACCACAACUGUAGGACUUUGGGGGCCCCAGCCUAGGGCAAUGCUGCAGGGCCACCCUGAUUCCAAGUGCUCUUAUUGCCUCUACGUAUAGACCACCCACCUCCAGCCCACGGCUGCCCAGGUCUGGUUGCUUCAUGGAGAAAUCACCCCCAGGAGGGCAGUGAACGGUGCUGGGACCUUGAAUUCUUAGCCUCCUGGGGUUUGGCUGGCCGACACCGUCUCAACUACUGUGUUGUGAGUUGUUUCAAUAAAGGGGCCCCAAGGGCUGA